AUGUUGUCAUGUGUUAAUUUUUCUACAAAUAUUUUUCAAAUUCAAAAUAGGUAAAACGCCUUCUCCUUCAUUUUGUAUUUUGUAUUCCCAAACAAAACUAAUAAUUUCUCCAUUAUCCAAACGUUUUUUUGCUUUUUAUAUUUUAGUCAGAACUGAAUAUUACCUCAAACAAAAUAUUUGAAUAUGAUAAAAUUCAAAUGAAUACAGAGUCAUCUCCAUGUACACCGGAAGAUCCUUUUAAUGCUUCGUCAAGUGAAGAUUCUCUAUAUUGUCCUAGUAGUGACGAAGAUAGCUGCUCAGAUGUUGAUGAGAAUCCAGCACCGAAGAAGACUAAGAAACCUAAUAUAAACAAAAGCUCAACCCAGAUGAAGAUUACUACUGAUUAUGUUAAUUCGCCCUCUAUUGGAGUGUAUGAUACAGCUAAAGAUAACGAAUACGAUUUAAAUGUACCGAAUACUUCAAGCAGUAGACAGUUGAUUACUAAAAAAACGAUGGAUAAAGACCAAGAUUUAUGUAACAAUUCAAGGUAACCGAGUACUUCAAGUUGUACAAAACCAAUUAAAACACCAUAUAAGAGAAAACCGGAUCAUUGUUAUUAUUGCGAAACUAAGGUUCUAAAUUUCGGCCGCCAUGUGAUACGGAACCAUUCAAACGAAAUAGAUGUAGCAAGAAUUUUAGCAAAGCCCGUUAAAAGUAAAGAAAGAAAAGAGCUAUUCAAUGACCUUAGAAGAAAGGGAAAUUAUUUGGCCGACGGUGGCACUUGUUUUAAGCCUGUUAGGGAGGGUUAUGUACCAGAGAGAGAUAAAGUACCUUGUAACAACUGUUUAGGGUAUUUUUCCUCGAAACUUUUAUACAGACAUAAGAAAAAAUGUGUAAAGAGAGAUUCUGGUAGCUCUCAAAAUAGCAAACAGUUAAAACUAUUCCAUAAUGCUAAAGUAGAUCAACGACUGAAAGAGGAAGUAUUCCCGCAUAUGAGAGCGGACAAGUUGUCUUUGGAAGCUCAAAAAGAUCCACUUAUUUGCGAGUUCGGAGCUAAGUACUUAAAAACGCACCGUGAAAAACAUUUUAUUUACGUAACAUCACGCAAAAUGAGAGAACUUUCUAAAAUCCUUUUGGAAAUAAGAAAGUUGGAUCCAUCCAUAACCACAUUCAUUUCAGCUUUGAAGCCAAAGUAUUUCGACAUUUUCGUGGAAGCCACAAAACGAAUUGCUAAAUAUGAUUCGGAACGAGAUGUUUAUCUGUCUCCAACUUUCGCCAUGAAUAUUGUUACGUCUUUGAAACAGUGUUGCGAUAGUUACACUAAAAAUAAAGGUACCACUUUAUCUACUGCGGAAAUAGAGGCGGACUUGAAAACGUUGAUUCGUCUUUUUGAAACUAAUUGGAGUUGUGAGAUUUCUUCACAUGCCAGUUACAACCUUAAUCUUAACAAAUGGAACAAAGUAACCAUUGUACCUCUUGCCAGUGAUUUGCGUUUAUUAAGGAAUCAUCUCAUCGACUUAUCUGGAGAAUCUUUAAGAGUCCUAAUUAAAGGAGCUGAGGAUAUGAAAUAUAUCAUAGAAGAUGAUAUCGACCAUCAGCAAUAUCAAAAAAAGUCUGAUACAAUUCAAGCAUUUAAUAAUCUGACAUACAAGACAAUAUCAAAAAAAUGUUAGAAGUUAGACACCAUUUUGUGACCAUAAAUAACCCAUAUCUUUUCGCAAUGGCGAAUUCAAAUUCACAUUUGAUAGGUUAUAAAGUGUUAGCCAAACAUGCUAAAUUAUGUGGAGCACAAAACCCAUCAUCAAUUACGUCAACCCGACUGCGCAAACAUCUUGCAACUUUAUCGCAAUUAUUCAACUUAUCAGAUGGGGAAAUAGAACAGUUGGCGACAUUUAUGGGACACACAAGUGGUGUUCACAGAAAUUCCUAUCGACUACCCGAUGAUGUUUAUCAAACGGCGAAGAUAUCUAAACUGUUGAUGGUAAUGGAAAAAGGCGGAGCAGAUCAAUAUAAAGGAAAAUCUAUUGAUGAAAUAAACAUUGAUAUGGAAAAAAAUCUUCUAAGUGACCGAGACUCUGAUAAUGAUAGUGACGAGGAUGAAAAUCCAAUAAUAAGGGAACUGUUAGAUACGUCAAAGCCAUCUGCUCAAGAUUUUGUUCCAACAAACAACGUUGAUGGGAAACCUGUUGCAGGGACUAAAAAGAAAAAAACUCGUAAACUGGUUCCUUGGACAGAUGACCAAAAAAAAGUCACACUAAACUAUUUUAAAGAUCAUAUUAAAACUAAGAAGCCCCCUAAAAGAUUCGAAUGUGAAGAUCUGAAAACAAAAUAUGAAAAAAUUCUAAACAAAGAUUGGCUAAAAAUCAAAGUAUUUGUUCAAAAUUAUUAUACUAAAAGCAGAAAAUAGAGUUGAUAGUGCAUAUAAAGGAUUUCUAUUAUAUUUUAAAAAAUCAAUAAAACUGGUAUAAAUUUAGCUUCAUGAUUUAUUUGUACUGUUCCCUUUCUGUCCCUAGCUAUUGUCUCAAUUUCUGUUUUCUCUUUAUCAAUAUCCAUAUUUUCGAUUUGGUCAAUCCAUUUCCUCCUGGCUAUUCUCUUUAAAAUACGAUUAAAAAGUUGGUAACAAUUGACUUUGCACGAUUUAUGGUUAUUGUUGGAUUGCGAUGUUUCACAAGUAUAGUUAUCACUUUCCUCUGGAGGUAUAUUUUAGAGGCAUACCUGAUCAAUCCCCACAUGCUUUCCAUUUUUUUGAGUCGGAAAAAGUGUAUACCAGUAGCUAAUUAUUAGAGUUAUUGCGUAUUUUACAUUGUCUUUUCCAUAUUCUUAAAAUCAGAGAUAUAUUUCUACAAGGAAACUCUUUUAAGAUUAUAUACAUUUCAUGUGAUAUUUAAUGAUAGUAUAUUAUUGCGUCCUGGCGGUUUGACAACACCGCACGGAUGCAGCAAUGUAUGGUGUAGUCAUUAUAUGGAGCUGACAAAGUUACUUGUUAUAAGGAAGCAGCAUUGUUGUAGAAUGAAUGAAAAUUUGUAUAUUUGAAAAUUGUGAAUAUCAAUUAUCUACAUAUAGUCCUAUCCAUCUACUUCAUUGGUAAACCAGUAUACACAAUAAGAUCAUGGUUAACUCUUGGUUUUCUUGAGGACGCAACAGUGUAUGACUUUUGUACGGACGUAAUAAUGUUUAUAUUUAUAUAUAUAUAUAU